CGGAUGAUUGUAGCGGGGCGGAAGUGAGGCCCAAAGUGGAGCGAGCGGGACGAAAAGGCGUCUGAGCUAAAUCUGGUUUAAGGGGAGGGUUAGACGGGUAGACAUUAAUUUGAAACCACCAUGGGAGUAUCAAAUGAUGCGGAUAAGAUGCUGUUCAUCGGGAAUCUGGAUCAGAGAGUAACGGAGGAGCUUCUGUUUGAAUUGUUUCUGCAGUCUGGCCCACUCCUCGCCGUAAAGAUCCCCAAGGACAAGGAUGGAAAAUCAAAGCAGUACGCAUUCGUGCAUUUUAAACACGUGGAGUCCGUCCAUUAUGGGAAAAACUUGUUGAAUGGAAUACAACUCUACGGAAAGGCUAUCAAGAUCCAGUUCAGAUCAGGUAGUGUCCAUGAAUCUCGGGAAGGAAACCAGUCUCAGAAUUCAGCUGCUACUUUCACUCCUCCCUACAAUUCUAACCAGUUCAGCAAUAAUCGGUUUGGCCGUGGUACGGAUAAUAUGGGUUCUCCAAUCUUUGCGACCCCACAGCCAGUACAGAAAUCAUUUUCUUCACCUGAUAACCUUCAGAGGCAGGUUGUGGUGAACAACAUGUGGCAGCAGGCCAGGGGAGGGCAGCAGAAUUACACUCCCUCACUUCAGCAGGCUAAUGCUAACAAUCGAUCCACUCUGCAACAAUCCUAUCGAGGUACAUCUUCUAACCAACAAGCCACACCUCAGAAUUAUAGCACCCCUUCACAGCCACGGUCAUCCAGUCCAAAUUCACGAAUGAUGUGGCAUUCUGAAAAAUCGACUUCAAACACUCAGAGGCAGCAGAGCUAUUCAUCCUAUCGAUCAGAUAAUGGUUAUUUCACUCGAGAUGCUCACUUCCAGGAUCACAAUUCAGAGCAGUAUUAUAGAGGAAACCGUGAGCCAGAGUUCCAACAUGACCAAAGCUCACAACACAAUAGACGUUGGGAGUAUGAUUACAGGAGGGAGCACUCUCGCAGCAACAGACGUCGAAAUUGGUAAUAAACUUACACUGUCAGUUUGGGAUUGAGUUAAUCCCUUUCUCUCUGAACGUUUGGAACUUGAGUGAAUGUUCAGUGAAAGCAAACGAAGCUGGAAUACUUCCUGAUGUUAAAAAAAAUUAUAUACAUAAUUGUAACUUUGUCUACGGGCAAAUUGGGAUGACUGCACGAAUGUUCCCUGUUUGUAUAAUAUAAGACACAGAAGACCUCUUAGCCCAUUUAUCACUCUAAUCCUGUUCCCUUCCCACUUGUAAACUUAUCCAACCCCUUAAUGCUAAUUUUUGUCUCAGUAGCUACUUGUGAUUUUUAAAAAAAAAAAAUUUCUAAUGGUGCUUUGUCUGGAGCGGAGUGAGGUGACGCAACUUUCUCAUCUGAUUCUGGUGACCUUUAACAAUGUGACCUGCUUUGGUGGUAAUUGCAUAGUGAGAUGUGCCAGUAAAAUGAAAAUGUUUUUAGAGUAUUAAGUAUGCAGCAGAGGAGUAACAUGUCAAGAACAUGGUUUUAUGUUCGGUUCAGACUGCAUGUGUGGAAUCUACUUAGUUAUAAUGCAGAUUCAAGACUUAAAUGAGUGCCAAAGCGGAUAGAAGCUCUGUACUUUUUAAAAAAAAUGUUGUGCAGACCACAGUUGUACUAAGUCUUCCUUCCUAUUCUGUUGAUGAUUCAUUGAGACACUGACUUUUCUUGUUGAGCAGUGUUGCUUCAAAGGUAUUAGUAUGAUGAACAGUUGAUUGUAAUGUUAUUUUUAGCCUGCCUCCAAUGUCGGUGCUCCUCCAGCCAGUGCUUUUUUUAAAAAAAAUUUUGUCAACUAACUGGCAAGUACAGAUGCAGCAUUCUGCUCAGCUGAGAGGGACUGCCGACUGAUGAGACUUCUGUAAGCAGCAUUAGGGCUACUGAAAAAAAUUAGUUAUUAAACUGGAUCCACAAAAUUAAUUUAUAGGUACAUCUGAUAUGCUAAUUUUUAAAUAGUGUGUGAUGAACUCACUGAGGCAUAGACAGUGCUAUUAAAAUUGCUUAAAAGAUUGGAUAUCUGUUCAUACAGUAACCACGCAAUAAAUAAUUUUUUUUUUAAACAAAGGGAAAAACUUGUCAAGCUCCAGUAAAGCAAUCAGACACAGCAAGGAAUUUCAAGAAUGGCAGAUGAUAGUUUGAAUCUGCUCAUUUAUGUAAAUUGGCUCUUCUCUCUAUGCUGGGAAGUAGCAUGCUCCUGAUAGAAGUUUAGUGCAAUUGCCAUUUGUUUAGUGUGGAGUGCAAGAAUUCAGCAUGUGCUCUGUCAAACCAACUCUGAUCUUGGUGACAGAAUUAUAAAGCACAAUUGGGAUGCAUAAAUGUAGGGAACUAGCGGGUGACUUCAGCCUCUUGCACCUCAUACUAAAUAAGUAAAUGUCAUGUGCCCAAUUGUCAGUGCCCGUUUAUAAAAGUUGUUGCUGUUUUCCUGUUUCUCGGUUUGUACUGAUACCCACAAGAUAAGUGGAAUCACCAUAUUGCUGCCGUGAAGUGGUGUUGGCCCUUUCAGUGACAGUAUGGGUCCUUUUCAAGGAAUAGUGCUGUAUGGCAGGAACAUUCUAGUUAGAAUAAAUUUAGAGAGCGGAUAUUUCCUGUUGAUGGGUAUUUAGUUACUAAUUUUUGUCUUUAGUUUUCUCAUUGUUUGUGUUAAAAUUGCACCUAACCAAAUUUUUACUGUUUUUAUUGUCCACUGAAACAAAUGUAUAUAUUGUGUUUUCUUGUGUACCUUUUUACAGUUGUAAUAAUUUAAUAAUGUAUUCUCUGGUCUUCAGUUCACCAGCAAAAAAAAAGACAACCAUUCAGAAUUUAAAAGAAAACAUUUGUGCAGGUUUUUAAUAUAACCAUUACUUUUCUUUAAAAACAAAAUAAAACCCUGUUUUAUGUAGGCGAAACAGGGGUGUACGUACUUUGCACCUGCUUUAUUCGACAAAAAGUUAGGGAGACUAUCAUGAGGAUCACAGCAAAAGAUUCGCAAUGUCCUGACCAGUCAGUCUACCUUCCUGUUCUGAGGUUAACCAGCUAAUUAAGAUGGACAGUUAAUAGUUCGUACUGCUGCUCCUCUAUAUCAGUUGACACCCUCUUUUCAUGCUGUAUAAAUUAGUGUUGCCUUUCAAAGUUUAGUUUCGUGUCCUUUAUCCUGAUGAGUUGAAAAUUAAAAGUUUCGACUUUACUGUAUCUUAUAGCCACGUUUUAAAAUAACUGAAUUUUUUUUUCUGAUAACUUAACUUGUAGCUUCUUUUGUGUACUUCCAAAAUGGGUGAACAAAAAUCUUGGUUUCUUUAACUUGAAGUCAAUUGUUGCAAGGUCUUUUGAUUUUGUUUCCCUGUGUUUUUGACAUGGGAAUGUUAGCUGUUGCCAGCUAAGGAAGAGGAAUCUUAAAUACUAGGAGAAUUGCACUGCUGUCUAAAUUUCAAUGCUAUUUAGCUGUUGUACAGCUUGUAAUUAGUCGGUAAAUGUGCAAUAUUUUUAAAUAUAUCAUAAUACAUUUUUGUAGGAAGACCUGCUUGGGUCAGACUUUAUUGAUUCCUGAUAAGUUUGGCAUAUACACUGUUAUGUGAUUCUAUGUAAUUGGUAUUGUUCAUGUACCAGAAAAGUUUGAUCUUAAAUGUAAUAUCCAUUUAGGAUUUUGAAUUGAAAUUCUUUUGUGUCUAAUGAAUUUUGCAAAUUA